AUGGAGGAGCAAUUUAUACUGCGAGUGCCCCCAGCAGUGGCCGAAAGAAUAGAGCGUCUCUUGAAUGGUGAUUCUUCUUCUUCUGAAGACAGAUCCUUGGACUUGUCAUUUUCUGAUGAUGGAAGGACUGGAACAUUUGUUAUCGGGAAUGACAGUUUCUCCGCAUCCCUCUUGGAUCUUCCCACUGUUGUGGAAUCUUACAAAACAUACGACGAUAAUGUGUUGAUAAAAUCUGCAGAUAUUGGUCAGAUGAUAAUGGUGAAAGAGGACAAUGUCCCAGAAACAGCAGAGUACAAGCAUGGUCUUACUCCACCAAUGAGGGAUGCUCAAAGGCGAAGAUUUCGGCGGGAGCCUGGUUUGAAUCCGGAGGUUGUCCAUCUUGUUGAGAAAGAUAUGCAAAACAUCAUGGCUGGUGGAACAGCUGAGAAUAUUGAUAUCCUUUUAAUUUGUUACUCUUCAU